UACUACUCCGACGUAUCACCCUGGAGGCUCUAGAAGCGAUGUCUGAGGAACAACCAAAGUGCCCUGUUGAUCAUUCAACCAGAUCAAAAUGGGUAGAGCUCGGUAAAGAAGCACCACACCCUAUUCCUUCCGAUGGCUCUAGUAAUGCGGAUAAAUGUCCCGUUGAUCAUACUGCAAGGUCCAAAUGGGCAGAGUUGAGCAAGAGUAAAGCCAUAGUUGACGGUAAAAGUAUCCCUACUGAUGUCGAACAUCAACAGGAGCAGCACUCGUCUGACCUCUUACCUGAGACUCCAGUUUAUGAGACAGACGUUCCGUUGCCGGAAGAGCGUGAGGUCUCAUCGAUUCCAAGAACCGGUGCACAGGGUAAUUGGAUAUACCCAUCGCAAAAGCAGUUUUUCGAAGCCAUGAAGCGUAAGCAAUGGGAACCUGAAGCCGAAGUGAUGAAGGCCGUGGUUCCUAUACAUAAUGCUGUUAAUGAGAGAGCAUGGGUUCAAAUUCUGGAUUGGGAAAACGGUCGUGGUGGUGAAUCAUGCGGAGGCAUCCAACUCACCAGUUUCAAAGGCGAUUCCAAGAAGAUCACGCCAAAGGCGUGGUUCAAGUGGCUCAUCCUCGGAUAUCAGAAGCCCUUUGACAGACACGACUGGACCAUUGAUCGCUGUGGUAAGGAGAUUGAUUACGUUAUAGACUUCUACAGUGGCAGACCGAACCCGAAGGCUCCAGGCAUGGCCAGUUUCUACCUCGAUGUUCGACCAAAAUUGAACAGCCUUGAAGGUGUGAAGCUAAGGGUGUUGAAGUUCUUUGGCCUUUGAAUGCGGGACAAGGUCGCUGUCUUGUACAUAUAUAUCACAAAUUCUUUCACUCAAUAUAACGUCAAAAUUGCUGUACGUACA